UGCCGUACCGCGCGCUCGUCUGCAGUUGCUCGCCACAUCACAACCGUCCGGUCGCCGUCGCCGCGUAGUAGUCGCUGUCUGCAUAUAGUGUCGUAGUCGUGUUUGCGCCGUCGUUGUUGUGUUUGCCGUCGUUGUGGUCGUCGCCACCGCGUCCGUCGACUGUGAUUACAUUAGAUAUAUUAUACUACACUGCUGUUGUCGCUUUUAUAGCUGUUCUGCAGUCCUUUUUACUGUGAUUACUGUCUUACACUAGUGUUACAUCGUAAGCACACGAUGAUGGUGUUGGACUCGGGACAAGCGUCCCCAUCGUUACGGCUGUACGCCGCGGCUGCCGCGGCCGCGGCCAACAGUUACGGAAGUACGGCCGCCACGACAUCCGGAGGCGCAGGGCAACAGUCCGGUGGAAACGGCGUCCAAAUGCCUCCGCAUCCUCUGUUCCCGCACUUUGCCGCCCGUUUCCCGCACGGCAUGGCGUCUGCGGCCAGUUUCGCGGCGGCCGGCCUUUCGCCGUUCCUCCAGCAACACCACGUUGAACACGCGGCCGCUCAGCGGUAUGCGAUCGCGGCAGCUGCGGCCGCGGCCGCUGCUAGGAACAAUACGGUCGCGGGUCAUGUGAUGUCCGCAGCCGUACAUCAACAACAACACCACCAUCACCGGCCUAACUCGGAACCCGCGGGCAAGAAACGACCGCAUCACCAUCAGCAGCAACAGCAGCAGCAGCAUCAUCAAUUACUGUUGCAGCAACAGCAACAGCAACAACAACAGCUGCAACAGCAGCAGCAACACCAACAGCACAGGAUUAUUAAUAUGUCAGGCAAUCAUAGUGAUGACAGUGCCUCUGAAAACGGAUCACCCAAAAAAGGUGGAGUAGACGGAGACAGCGCUGCAGGUAGUUCGGAAGACUUAGCUAACAAACGGCGGAGGUCCAGAACAAAUUUCAACACGUGGCAGCUGGAAGAACUGGAACGGGCGUUUUUGGCUAGCCACUACCCAGACGUUUUCAUGAGGGAGGCUUUAGCCCUGCGGUUGGACCUCAAGGAGUCUAGAGUAGCUGUAUGGUUUCAAAAUCGACGAGCAAAAUGGAGAAAAAAGGAACACACUAAAAAGGGUCCGGGUCGACCGGCACACAAUGCGCAUCCUGUAACUUGUUCCGGAGAACCAAUACCAGCGGACGAGUUACGGCGCAAAGAGCGCGAACGACGACAGAAAAAGUUGCUCAAGAGCUUGGAACGACAACAGAGGAAGCUAGCUGCCAAAGGAGUGCACGUUGACUUAGACACAUUGCGCAAGGAAUGGGAGUCUCAACAAGCUAACAAUGCGGCCAAAAAACACGGUCAAAUCGAUUGUGGAGUCGUCGGUGGAGGAAUGGGAGGAGGAAUUGACGGAGUUGGUGGAUCGUCGAACGCCGGUAUGGAUCUGUCUUUCCACGACUCGUCUAGCUGUUGCAGUGGACAGACGAGCCGAGACGAGGAGAUUGACGUGGUUGGCGAAGAAGACCAUCUCUUGCAUCACCACCACCAACAUCAAAACCAUCACCACAGGAUGUUGCACCGCAGGCGGAGUGCGAGCACGACGUUCGAUGACGACGACGACGACGACGACGACGAUUUGGACGAAGACGAAGACGAGGGACUUCCGCCGUACGCGCGCGCGGCUGCGGCUGCGGCGGCAGCAGUAGCAGCCGCUGCGGCCGCUUGUCGGGGCGACGAUAGCUGUAGUUCGGACGACGAGUACGGCGGCGGACGCUUGUAUAGACGACCCCAGGCCGGCGAUGGCGAAUCAUCACCGCCACCUCCGCUGUUGAACCUGACCACGUCGUCGGCGGCCACCGCGGACAAGGCUCGCCGUCUCAACCCGUUCAGCAUCGAAUCCCUGUUGGCUGGUGGCAAUCGACCAUUCAGCAUCACCGCUGCCCAUGUCAACAACAUAAACAACAAUAACAUAAGUAACAACAACAAUAACAAAGUAUGAACUCAUUCUCUACCUCCCUCCCUUCGCGUUUUUAAUCACACACAUUCCCACCUUUGAUUUGUAUAACGUCGUCGUCGUUGUUCGUUGUCAUCGUCAACAUCGCAGGGUUCCUAUAUGACGUAAUAAUAUAAUAUUAUACAUAUUUUAGGUAUAUAAUCAUAUUGUAAAUCGAUGGAUGACCUACAAAUAUAAAAUAUAUUACCACGAUAUACAUCUGUAAAAAACUUUGUUUCACGUUUCUUUUUCUUUAAUUAAUUUCUAUUCUUGAAAACUGCAGUAAUGUAGAUAGGUAUAUGUGUAUAUCGUAUAAUAAUUAAAAUAUAGGCACUUGCAGUUACAGGUGAACAAUAGAUGUAUACUAUUAUAUUUUAUGUAAAAAAACAUAGUAAUAUAAUAAGCAAUAAGCGUUACAAUACUCAAUUCAAGUUUGUUCUGAUUAUUUUUAAAAUUGUUCAAUCAAAUUUGAAUCGUUUAUGUGCAUUAUAUAAUAUACAUACAUAUUUAUAUUAGGUAGAAGCAUCCUAUCAUAAAUAAAUAAACACAACAGAGAUUAUAAAUGACAAUUGACGAUUUUUAUAAAUCGCAUUAUUAUUAUUAUUAUUAUUUGUGAUAAUAUUACAUCCGUGUGAUUUAAUGUCAAUGCUUGGGAACUCCAUCCGUAUCAAUGCGCGAAACACGUUGGAACUCGGGUGGAUUAAUAUCAUAUAAUACGUCAUAUUUAUUUAUUGUUCUUUGUACAGUUAUAUAAUAACCCCUGUCCGUAUGAACAUCCCAUUAGUAAGUAACAAGAAUCUAGUCAAUAGUAUAUAUUUAUAAUUUAUAUAUAUGUUUUUAAAUUUUAAGUUAACACAUUGUAUAAAUUGUCGUUUAUAUAUUAUUAUUAUCAAUUUGUAAAUAAUUUAGUUUAUAUCGUAAUAGCGAUUAUAAUUAACACUGCGAACGAAAUGUAUACUCAUAUAAUUUAUCUGUUAAGCGGCACACGAUGGAAUGUUGGCAUAUCUGUAAAUUUAAACAUGCGAGUGCAAUAAGUGUUUAUUUUAAUGUAUAGUUUUGUGUUAAAGUCGGAAAAAACGUAUUAUAAUAUAAUAAUAUAUAUUAUUAUUGUGAAUAAAUAUUUUUUAUUGUUUUUGUCCACUUGUCGUAGACAGACCCCCUCGUACAUCACUUUGCCAUAGUAUACGAGUUGCAAUAGAAAAAAGACGAACAGAAAAAAAAAAUAAAACUUACUGUUUUUGAUCGCUACCGUUUCUUGCUGUCAUGUAUACCUAUAUAUGUUUAUGUACACGUUAUACGUGCAUCGAUCCCUUAUUUCGGAAUGACUUGUAUAAACGCAUUUUUACGUUAAGGUUUUUAUUAUGUUACGUAUACGAUUGUAUUAUAAAACGAAAUAAUAAUCAUAAUAAUAAAAAAGUUGA